AGACAACGGACGCCAUAAGUAUGUUGAUGAAUAUUUCCCAUCAGAGCGGCUAAACGGAAGUUUACGUUUGUUGAGGAAGUUGAGUAAAAUACAGGUACAUCAUUGACCCACGUUUUUGCACCCGCAAUAUAUUACGAUAGUUAAUUCAUUUGGAAACAUCAUAUGCAAAUGUGACAACUGUUGAGUAUGGCGAAGUGACUCCGGCCAACGAGUCCCAGGUCAGAGUGUCCCGGAGCGAGAACAAAAGUGACUCAUUAUUUCAAAGGUACAUAUAAGCCGCCAGAUUCCCAGCAUGAUUGUCUUUCUGGUGUAGUGUGCGUUAGUAUUCAGCUAGUCUACCUCAUUCAAUGUUGCGAAUUGUGAAUUCUGGAACGAGACUGACAAACACCAACUGACGAAACGCGACCACACACGCCAGUAAUGAUGAAGAGAGACAGAAAGACGUCACAGUGUUGUCAAAAUGGGCAACCUAUUCUGGCCUCCGUUUAGUAAAUACCGAAAAAUGGAGAGUCGUCCUGCCAAACGUCACCAUCCAGAGACCAAGGAUGAGGGGCUGAAUAAGAAACAAAAUCUGACAUUGGAGACCAUCAAAGAUGAGGCAGCGUUUGUGUCCCGGUUCAGCGCUCUCUACAACAGCAGCAACCUCAGCGAUCUGGUGCUACGGGUGGGCAGGGACAGAUACUACUCUCACAGGUUCAUCCUCAUCACAGCCAGUGAUGUCUUUGAAGCCAUGUUGAACCAGAGGCGUUGGGUGGAAUCUCAGGAGCCAGAGAUAGACCUGACAGAAGACCCCGAGUGUGCUCCAGUGUUCGGGAUAUUCCUCAAAUAUCUCUACAGUGGCUCAGUCCAGGUGUCGACGGAUACAGUUCUACCCAUCCUUUUACUGGCAGACAAAUACAGCAUCACUACCCUGCGCGAGUCCUGUAUCGAAUAUAUGAUGCGACACAUUGUUGAGUCUCCCGACACAAACCGAACACUAACAUGGUACCAGUAUGCCAAAAUGACGGGACAGGAAAAACUGAAAGAGAUCUGUCAGAAAUUCAUCCUGUCCAAUUUUGAUGUUAUUCUUGAUGCCCCCGACUGGCAUGAAAUGACUAAGACUGAGCUUGUUGAGUUCCUUAGCAGCUCGGAUCUUGUGGUACUGAGUGAGAUCCAUUUGUGGAACAAAGUCGAGAAAUGGCUGACCUGUGAAGAAAACCGUGAUUCACUUGCAGAGAAUCUUAAAGACAUCUUGCCCCUUUUGAGAUUUAACAUGAUCUUGCCUAAAAAUCUAUUAACAAUUGAAUCGUCACCUUUGUGUUCGAAGUACACAGAACAUUUUGCAGAGAAGCUAAAUCAAGCCUAUCGUCACCAUUCUCUGAUGAUGGAUUGUGGAGAUGUUUGUGAAAAUCGAGAGCAGUUCAGGAACUAUUACAGUAAGGAAUACCACCUAUGUUUUCCAUUUUUGCUUGAGAAUUACCCAGGCAUCAGCAAGAUAAACAGCCGCGUCACAGUUGAAUGUCACGUCCCAACCCACUACAUGCCCUCCAGUCAAUCCCAAGGUUCUUGCACCGAAUUCACUGCCUACUUUUUCCCUCGUGGUUUCUACAAUACCAUCACCUUAUAUGGCACGUACAUGAAUCGUCAGAGCGAUGCCACAACGUUCAAACUGUGUCGAAAGUUUUCUGACCAAACUACUUUAAAGACUGAUGUCACACUGGUGCUUUAUGGCCGAAAGAAUUCUGUAAGGUACAUUGCCUACACCUUCAACAUGAGCCAUCUGUUUGGGAAGGAAUCAUCGACCCUCGCCAUGGAAAACAUCAUCGACUUGGACAAACUGAUGCAGGAUGAUUCUCCGUACCUAAUUGAUGGAACCCUUGAUGGGAAGCUCUUCGUGAAAAUACAAGAUAUGGGACCACACUUGUUGGACGGUGAUACUAAGUGACAAGUAUCUACAAAAUGAAAAUCACAAAUUUUGGAUGUUAUGUACAAAAGGUUUGAAACACUGAUGACAUAUUUGCAUGGGUGUAUUCUGUGUCAGGUACUUCACAGUGUUCAUUCGCUCGAAGUUGAUCAUUCUGGAAACAAUUUUACCAAUUUACAUAUGUUUUGAAAAGUUUUACACUUUUACACAGAGAAUUAUAUUUACACAGAUUUGUUAUUAAUGCUGAAACUUGGUUAAUAUAUUCAAACAUGCAUGUCCCCAAGAAAAAGUUUGAUUAGAUUGAGCACUUUCCAUUUAUAUAAAAAGAAGCCUGAAAACAAUGUCAAAGAUAUUACAUCAUUUCUGAUUUAUGCUUCAAGCUAAAUUAUUUAUUAAUGUUUAUGAAUGUACAACAAAGUUCACGUAGACACAUAAGGUUGAGGGAUAUCAUUAAUCCAUGAUAUAUACGAUGUAUGCAUUGCAACCUGUGUAACGAUGGUAACAUACAGGGUUCUAUUGUACCAUUGCCAUUGUGCCUAGGGAAGUUUAACGUAGAAACAGCAAAAGGUUUGAAUAAGUAAACAGGAUGGGAACUUAUGGUUGGUAUUUAUGUUGUUUUAGAGACUUAUUUCAUACAUUUGUCUAACUGGAAGUUUCAACAUUAAUAUUUUUAACUCAUGUGAAAUAAGGGUUAUUAUGUUAGGGUUGGCUAUCAAUAUAGGCAAACAGGAUUGAUAAUCGCUUACUAAAUAGCAAGAAAUAUGGCAGAUGUAAGUUCAAGCAAAAUAUCUUUAAGAAUUCAACAUUACACUCCACUGGUGAGAGGUGAUAUGUUUAUGCAUGGAUGACAAACAAAACAGUGUCCUGAAGCAGUCCGUGAUUAAAAACCUAACUUAAUGCGUUGCAUGAGUAAAUUAAAACUAUAUUUCACAAAGGUUUAUGUACAAUAUUAUCGAAUGCACAAUUUUUAUGUCGGUAAUCAUAAAUAAUUUUUCUGAUAAGUGAUAUUAUACAAUUAUUGACUUCUAGUGAUGUUGAUCCAAUGAUUUAUCGACCUUGGACAUGUGAUAGUCACUGAGGCGUAGCCGAGGUGAGUAUCACAUGUCCAAGGUUGAUAAAUCAUUGGAUCAACCGAACUGAAGUCAAUAAUUGUUUUAUUAUAUGACAAAAGUACUGAAUACUGACACAGUCAUGAAUCUUCGUGGUGUCGGGUCGUCUGCCAUUUUGAUACAGAUGGGACAUAAACCAACACAGUCACAGGGACAAAGCAAUGCCUAUCGCUUCCUUAUCUAGCGUAACGCACGCAGUGCGGAGUUCACAGCUGGAAUAGCCCAAAUCUAUUUUUAGCCACGGGAGGUGCUUGGAUUGUUAUAUCAACCUCACGCGACGUGACGAGGUUGACAUCGCUUAGCAUCAAAGCUGUCAUGUGACCAAGUGGGCCAAUCAGAAGGGCGGAAAUCUACCCGUCAUAUAAUUUAUCUGAUUUUCGACCUUUUUAGCCAGCUCUAUCCAGUAUAUUGAAGACCCCCUACAAACUCUGGUUGUUGUCUACCGAGGCACAUUGGCAUUGAUCCCUGUAAAGUACUAAGUAGCCUAGCAAUACACAUUUAUGUGUAGAGUAGAAUGCUACCUCAUAAUUAUAUAUGCCAUGUAUCUUGUCGGCCAUACCUGCAAUAGUGCCACCCCCAUGCCUUUCUCACCAAGUUCGUUCCUUCUUGAACAUGUUGAAGUGUCCAUUGAUUUAGAGGGGUGUAAGCCACACCUUUCAUCUAGUGAAAAAUAGUGCCUUUGUAGUUGUAAUGGUAAAUGGCAUCAUAUGGUUAAAGGAUGCAUUACAAACAAGCUUCACAUAUCAAGCAGUUCUUUGUGAGGAUGUAUUUGGCUGCUGAGGCAGUCAUCUUUUACCUCACAGCAAUCGUACCACUAUGACUGUCGUAAGUCUAUGUUGCAGUAAGAUACUUGCAAUCAUAUUAGCACUAACAAUGGCCUAGUCGAAUGUGACCCUGCAUUAUAUAUAGUGUGUGAUAUGGAAUAUUAGGUACAAUAUUGUCACAGUUCAGCCAAAGUGUCUACAACUCCUUUGCUGUGACUGAAUAAACCUGUUCAUGGCUGUCAUUAGGAAUGAUUGCAUUUAGCAGUAAACUAUUCCAUGAAAAUCUAGUUGUAAUUUGCAAUGCAAAUUGAUUAUUUGUCUUUUUCUUAAAAGAAAGAUAUUUUUACAUAUUAUUCCAUUUGUUAAAUCUUAUACACUGUUUCUUAAACCUUGCAAUAAAAUCUAGUAUGUUCUGGGUUUUUUACAUUUCACUUCACUGAAAACAUGGUAAACCACCGUACCCCCCAAAAAACAUUUCAAAAGUAUUAUUUCUUUUUUGGCCAAUUUCAGAGUCUUUUUUUUGUCAGUCUCAGAUACCAACUAAACCAAACAUGAGGCCUUGAGACAGAUAAGCCAUAGGCUGAGAUGGACUGUUUUGCCACGAUAUAUCAACUAAACUCUACCUUCUCCUGGACUCCCAUCUUUUGUCUUGUGAAUGUUUUGUUGAAGAGUUUUAGUUUAACAAGUGUAAUGUGCCUGUAUAAAUUGCUUAUUUAUCGAUAAAUAACUGGAUAUACAGUGUAUACCUAUUUAGACAUCGUAAUCAUGCUUUUGAGUAGCAUUUGGAGGUGAUAACAUAAAGGAGAGAAUUUAUGGGUGUUAAUUUCCUUUUUAGAAGGAACACCAAAUAUAAGGUUCACAUUUCAAUCAAUUUUUAUGAAGGAGUAUGGGUAUAUUCUGUAAUGUUGUGUUCCUCAUAAUAAAAAGUUGGCAUCCAUACUUCCCUUCUUUAGAUGAAGAUUAUGCCUAGGUAUAUAAGUAUAAUGGUUGUGAGCAUGUGUGAUCCAGUCAGUCUCUUAUGGCUUUGAAUCCAGCCUUAUAUAAUGUCAGGUCAAGCUAGCUUUUUGAGAUUAAAACAAAACUAUUUUUGAGACUGUUAUUGGAGUAGUCAGGUAGCCUUAUGAUUUGCUUGACUUGAUUGCAUAUACUUGAUACCCUCACAUGGAUGUUACUGCGAUAUGUUAAAUACAGAGCCUUGUUAAUAAUAUGUUUAUUUUGUUACUGUGGUAACAACAAUAUUUUGUCAAGUGAGAUUAUAUAUACAGGGACAUCAUUUAAAGAUCUUAGGCCAAUUUCUAGUCAUGGAGAUUGUAGUUUAGUGCAAUGAGUAAAUCUGUGAUGUUUGGUGUUGGGUCAUUAUGAAAUGUCUGAUGCUGUACAUUACUGAAUUUAGUUCAUAGUAUAUUUGAAAAUUGCAUUUUGUGGAUACAAGGAGUCCAAACCACAUUUUAUGUUUAUAAUUCCUUAAAAGCAAUAUAUGUUUGAAGUCAUUUAUUCACAGAGUGAUUAUUUAGUCAUAAACAUUAUACAAAAUUAGCAGCAUUCUUCGGGGAAGUGAAGCAACACAGUCCUGUCCAGUCAAUUUACAGCCAAUCAGGGCGGUGGGGUAGCAUUUGCUCGUCACGCUGAAGACCCGGGUUUGAUUGCCCACAUGGGUACAAUGUGUGGAGCCCAUUUCUGGU